AUGGUGGACUCCAGCUCAGUGACACCGAAUGUCCCACCACCAACACGAUCAGGCAGACCCAUGAGCGAAGCACUGUUGAAUGAGAAGUGGGACCAUUGCUUGAGCACGAUGCUCAUAAGGAGCGGAAUUGGCGCAGGGUUCGGUGUCAUAUUCUCAGUCCUCCUGUUCAAGCGAAGAGCAUUCCCAGUGUGGUUGGGAACCGGUUUUGGUGCUGGCAGAGCCUGGGAAGAGUGCGACUCGGCACCAACAAUGAUGUUCAUGGCCACGCCGCCGAAACCGGAAAGCACGGAGCACGACCAGAGCUUAAUUCCUGCUAACUCCACGUCACCUACGCCGCCUAACACUAACACCACACCUGCCCUCAGCUCAUAUAUGACCUUCCUCACCUCCCGAACACAAAGACUGGUCCAAACGCUCCCGAUUAAACGCACCGUCACCGAGAUCGACUCGCCAGUAACCAAAGAUACAGUCCUCGCCAAACCCACAAUGGCUUCAACAACACAACUGCCACGAGAUGACCCAUCCUCGCCACUACAUUAUCCUGCUUCACAAACAGCGCUGGUGUUGAUGGACUUCCAAAACUUCAUCGUCUUCCACUGCGGCUCACCUGGUGCAGCCGCUGUCUCCCAAGCAAAAGUCAUGCGCGACUGGGCUCUCGACAAUGGCAUAAUGGUCGUGCACUCUAUCAUUGAUAUUACCGGCCCUCCACCUCCGUCAACCAGAAAAGGUCAGAAUCGCUUCAAGGCUCUAUUCACCUCUGUCAAAGACGACGCCAAUGCCGUUGCGGAGCACCAGGAUAUAGCGUUCGAGCAACGGACUAGAGAGUAUCUUGUUCUCAAAAGUCUUGGCGUUGCUUCUGCUCUGAAGACGGGAGGCGCGAUGGAGUUACUGGUCGAGCAUGGUAUCAAUUCGUUGAUUCUUUGUGGUUUGUCGACUUCCGGGUGUGUGCUUAGGACUGCGGUGCCGGCCGUGGACGAUGGGUUUGUGGUUUCGGUCAUCGAGGAUGCUUGUGCGGAGCCUGCGGAGGGAUUACAUGAUGUUCUGAUGCAGCAGUGUUUGGCUAAGUGGACUUGGGUUGUGAAGGCGGAGGAGUUUGUGAGGGAGUGGGAUGGCGCUGGCAAACAACCAUGA